AUGUACAUUCUGUCAGCUCUCCUCGGCCUGACCGCGGUCGCCGCCGCGAACACGGGCUCCAGCAUCGUCGUCAAUACGAGCCCAGACCCGUUCUAUCUCUGGGUCGUGCCCGAUGCGACGGGCGCUCCGAUCGGCAACCGCAUCACGGUGGUAGCAGGCGGCGCCUGGACAGAGCCGUUCCACGUCGGGCGCUUCGGCAACAGCAACAGCACGACGGGCGUCGCGAUCAAGAUGUCCAAAUCCAUCGAAGGCCUGUACACUUCGGCGCCGUUGCAGAUCCUAGCCUACUCGCUCGCGGGGGACCGGGUGUGGUACAAUCUCGAUGCCGUCAACGGGGCGCCGUUCCAGGGGCAGGAUCUCCGGGUGACGAGCGAGGGGUCGGAGACUAUCGAGUGGCCGAAUGGGGAGGAUGUAGGCGACGUGACAAGGGACAAUGCUGCUGAUAAGGAUAUCGUGUUCGUUGUUUCUGGGAAGGUGUGA